CUUGCCAGGUUCUGCUACGAAGGAAAACACGAUCCUGUGGAACGUUUUGGCUGGCUCUCUGAUUCCGAGGAGACAAUCCGAUUCCUCAAGGCCUUUUUCUCCUGGCGCUGCGGUCGGCAACGAAGCAAAAAGGGCCGUCGGACUCCAGGGAUAAAAUAUAAAACAUCGCUAGAGACCUUCUGGAAGUGGUGGCAUCUGGUUUACAAGGCGGAGGUGGGGCAGGGCCUUAGCAAAGACACCACCGUCAAGAUCCUGGAUUUAUUGGCUAUGGUCGCCAAGGAGAGAAAUCUUCUUUCUGGGCGGCGACCAAAAGCGACCAUGUAUAUCGAAGACGUGGCGGAGUUUGCU